AUGGGCACUCCCAACCACGACCCGCCUUCCUCUCCCAUUAGUCGCCCGCCCAAGAUUGCCAAAAUGGAGGAUGCUAUCGACAUAUCCGAGGCAACGACGGCCCUCGCGGUAGCGUCCGCACCGUCGUCGCGUGCGACUCCCAUCCCUUCCGGUGGUCGUCCUGAUGCCAAGGCCCGUCGCUACGACCGCCAGCUGCGUCUCUGGGCUUCCACUGGCCAGCGUUCGCUCGAGUCCGCCCGUAUCCUACUCAUUGGUGACGACGCGUCGGGCUGCCAGACUCUCAAGAACCUCGUCCUUCCAGGCAUUCAACACUUCUCGAUCCUCUCUGACCGCAACACAACUCCCACUGAUGUUGCCACCAACUUCUUUCUAGAGGCAAGCUCGGUCAGCAAGUCUAUUGCGCUGGAGGAGGUCCGUCUCCUCCGCGAGCUCAACCCUGCCGUCGACGGCAAGGCGCGCAUUGCCAAUGCUACCGAGCUUCUCGCCAGCGAGCCCAACUUCUUCCUCUCAUUCACGCUCAUCAUUGCCUCCAAUGUCCCUCCCAAGCUCGAGGAGGACCUCGCUGAGCUUCUUUGGCACACCUCCGCCACUGUUGGCCAACCUGAUAUUCCCCUCGUUUCGAUCCGCACGUCUGGCCUCACGGGUCGUAUGCAGAUCCAGCUUCGCGAGCACUGCGUGGGCGACACACACCCGGACACAACGCACACUCUUCGUAUUGACCAGCCCUUCCCUGCUCUUGAGUCCUACGCUCGCAAACUCGACAUUGAAGCCAUGGACUCGAUGGACCACUCUCACAUCCCUUGGGUAGUCCUCCUGGUCCGCGCCGCUUGUCUUUGGAAGGACUCGCACGAUGGAAAGCUCCCCAGUUCUUCAGAAGACAAGGCCGAUUUCAAGAAGCUGCUCACCAGCUGGAGGCGAAAGGGCGACGAGGAGAACUUUGACGAGGCCCUCGCCCAGGCCUACCGUGUCUGGACUUCGUCCGCGCUUCCCUAUGACAUUGCCGACCUCCUUCGUGAACCCAGCAUUGCCACGGUCUCUCACAAUUCCAAGAACCUCCACCUCCUGCUUCAUGCGCUGUCUCGCUUCCUCGGGGCGGCCCCGCACCUUCCUCCCGUCUCGCCUUCGCUUCCCGAUAUGCACUCAUCGACACAGUCAUACGUCAUGCUCCAGAACCUCUACAAGCAGCAGUACUUCGACGACUUGACCAAGUACUCGUCAUUCCUUGCUCAGGUCCUGCAGGAGAACGAACUUUCCGUCGACGCAAUCCCCGCCAACGAGAUUGAGUCGUUUGUUAAGAAUGUCGGCGGCGUCGCUAUUAUCAAGGGCUCGCCCAUCAGUGCCACCAAGGCUUACGAGGGUGGAAUGAAGGAGCGCAUCGCUGAGGAUUUUGCCUUUGGCGCCGAGCCAACCAUUGGCAUCUGUCUCGUCCUCGCCAUUCUCGCAUCGGAGCAGUUCUACAAGGUGUUUGGACGCUGGCCUGGAUCCGAGGCUGGUGACAUUGACAUGGACGUUGCCGAGGUGGAACGUUUUGCUACCAAGGCACUCACUACGGUCCACAUCGACGCGGGCGAGCUCCCCGAGGAAAUGGACAAUGCGAUCACGGAGGUCGUCCGCGGUGGUUUCCUUACUCCCCCUACGACCGCGGCCUUCUUUGGUGGCAUCGCCGCGCAAGAGGUUAUCAAGCUCGUGACCAACCAGUACAACCCCUUGGACAAUACCGCGGUUGUGGACCUGGUGAAGAGUGGAGUUGACAAGUUCAAGCUGUAG